AUGUCUGUUGGUGUUGCUAUCAUCGGUAGUGGUCUCUUCGCCAAAGAGCAACAUCUUCCAGCCGUGCAAGCGGCACCGGGCUUCGCACUCAAGGCGAUCUAUUCGCGAUCCCUGAACUCGGCCCAGUCCCUCGCUGACGGUACAGCUAACGUUGAUCUGUAUUCAGAGGACUCUGGUGCUGGCAAGUCUUUUGAAGAUAUACUGGCUCGAUCUGAUAUCGGCGCUGUCAUCAUCGCCCAGAUUUCAUCAAGAGAGCCCUACUCUCUGGAAAGCACGUUCUAUCCGGAGAAGCCUAUUGCCAAGGAUGUUGCCACCGCGAAGGAGCUCUUGCAAUGGUACCAAGCCAAUAUUGAUGCUAGCAAGGUCUUCUGGGCCGUGGGAGAGAACUUUCGAUACAUGAGCAAGUAUAUCUACGCUGCUGAGCAGGUUCAGAAACUGGGCCAUGUUCGUAAUUUCCGGGUCGAUGUUCAAAACUUUGUCAAGCCAGACAACAAAUACUUCUUGACUCCCUGGCGCAAGGUCCCUGAAUACCAAGGUGGCUUUCUUCUAGAUGGUGGUGUCCACAUGAUUGCUGGUCUACGCCUGAUCUUGGGGUCUACGGAGCAGAUUAAGACUGUCUCAGCCCAGUCCUAUCUGCAACAGUCUCAUUUGCCACCGGUGGACACCGUAGAUGCGGUCGUCAAGACUGGUUCUGGCGCGACAGGUGUGAUUUCUCUCUCAUGGGGAUCGCCGUUUAGUCGUCACGCCUUCGAGUUUGCUUGUGAGAAGGGCUCUGUUGCUCUGAAUUUCGACGAUGUGGCCGUCAAUGAUGUCAACUAUUCAGUUCCAUUUGAGGGAAGAGGCGUCUCUGCCGAGGUCGCUGAAUUUGCGACGUCGAUUAUCAAUGGGAAGCCUGUUGAGAAGAGACAAUCCCCCGAGGAGGCGCUGGCGGAUCUCGAGGUUCUGGAGCAAAUGUUGCAAAGUGGAGAGAAGCAGGGAGAACCAGUUCAGCUACACCUGCAGUUCCCAAAGCGCCGAAAAGGCACUAGUGUGGGUCGCCCGCCCACUCCGCUCAGUGCGAAGAAGUUUUCGAGAUUGCUUUCACUCCGACUCGACAACCCUCUACGCCCGGCGAGACGCAAUACCGACAAAAUGGUCGCCGCCAAGCAGCACAUCCCCAUCGUGAAGAAGCGCACCAACCGCUUCACCCGUCACCAAAGUGACCGGUUUAUGCGUGUUGGUGAGUCGUGGCGCAAGCCCAAGGGUAUUGACAACUGCGUCCGCCGCCGCUUCAAGGGCACGAUUGCUAUGCCCUCCAUCGGUUACGGAUCCAACAAGAAGACCCGCCACAUGAUGCCCUCCGGCCACAAGGCUUUCCUCGUCCACAACCCCAAGGAUGUCGAGCUCCUCCUGAUGCACAACCGCACCUACGCUGCCGAGAUUGCCCACGCCGUCUCCUCCCGCAAGCGUGUUGAGAUCAUCGAGAAGGCCAAGGCUCUCGGUGUUAAGGUCACCAACCCCAAGGGCCGUGUCACCACCGAGGCCUAA